AUGGCAGAAUACUGGAAAUCAGCACCAAAAUAUUGGUGCAAACAAUGCAAGAUCUUCAUCCGCGACACUCCUUUUGAAAAGACCCAACACGAAGCCACGGGAAAGCAUCAGGGAAAUCUCAGACGCUUCCUGCGCGACAUCCACCGUAACAACGAGCAGCAGCAACGGGAAAUCCAGCGCGCGAAGAGCGAAGUCGAGCGGCUCCGGCAGACGGUCACGGGUGGCAAUGAUCCCAGUAAAGGUAGCGAUGGUGGGCCAGCACCGUGGAAGCAGCGAGAUACCCCCAAAGCUCAGGAAAGGCCUGUGUCGAUGGAGGAACGGAAACGACAGAUGGCGCAGCUGGCUGAGAUGGGCGUGGCAAUUCCAGAAGAAUUUCGGGGAGAGAUGGCUUUGGCCGGCACGUGGCAAACUGUAUCUGAAAGGGUGAUCGAUGAUGGGGAGGAGGGUCAAAAGGCGGGAAGGUCGGUUGGGGUGAGGAAGAGGAAACUUGAGGCUGGUGGUGCUGGUGCUGGGGAUGAUAUCGAUGAGGAGGAGGUAGAGGCGAAAAGGGAGGCGGAGAGGUUUGUGUCGAAGGGGUGGGGGUCGUCGGUCAGAAGGUAUCCUGCGGCAAGCACGGGGGAGGACACGGAUUUGGAUGCGCUGUUGGCUUCAACGCGGGAGAUCAAGCGGGUGAAGCCUUCGGACGUCAAGGCCGAGGCGGAUGCGGUCGCGAAUGCAGGAAUCGAGGGAGAUGCGGAGCCCAAGGACAAGGAAUCGACGAAGGGUCAAUUUGUUCCAGUCAAGUCAGAAGAAGAGGUGCAGUCUGCUGAGUCUGAUCCAGCACCUGCGGUCAAAGAGGAGCAGACAGUGGGCGAUGCUGCGGAGACCGCAACGAAAACGGAGGCUGAAGAGCCAGCUGCCGGCGUUAUAUUCAAGAAACGCAAACCCAAGGUUAUGAGGAAAUGA